AUGGCGUCCGCUUUGGAGAACUUGGAGACGCAGUUGGAGCUUUUUAUUGAAAAUGUCAGACAAAUACGUAUCAUAGUGAGCGAUUUUCAACCUCAAGGACAGAAUGUAUUGAAUCAAAAGAUUCAAGGCUUAGUGAAUGGUUUGCAAGAAAUAGAUAAGCUUAAAUCUCAGGUGCAAGAUGUUCAUGUACCUUUGGAAGUUUUCGAUUAUAUCGACCAAGGGAGAAACCCACAGUUAUAUACCAAGGAUUGUAUAGAAAAGGCAUUAACUAAAAAUGAACAAGUAAAAGGAAAGAUCGACGCUUAUAGGAAAUUUAAAGCAAACAUGCUUGUAGAACUAACUAGAGUUUUUCCACAUGAAUUGGCUAAAUACAGAGCGAUACGAGGGGACGAGUGA